AUGCACAGUAUAAAAUUUUUCAGCAGCAGAACUGUUACCAGAGCUGCACGCUUCAAUUGCGCCCCUGCAUAUUAUAGAGGCGUCAUCGUUGGUAGACGUUAUUAUUCCAAAAGUGAGGAUGGUAACAAGAAGAACCAGCUGUCCACCUCUGAAAAUCCAUUGGUACCGGUAAGUAAGGAUCCGAAAGCAGCUAAGCCUACCCUGUGGUCACGUGUGAAACAUGAAGCCCAGCAUUAUUGGGAUGGAACCAAGUUGUUGGGUCUCGACGUCAAGAUCUCAUUUAAACUGGUGAUGAAGAUGGCUGCUGGUUAUGAGCUAACACGUCGUGAAAAGAUCCAGUUGAAGAGAACCACGACUGAUAUGAUUCGUUUGAUUCCAUUUAGCGCAUUUGUUAUUGUGCCGUUUGCCGAACUACUGCUUCCAAUUGCUUUGAAGUUGUUCCCUAACAUGCUGCCAUCGACCUAUGAGUCUAAAAAAGAUAAGCAAAAGAAGUUGGAUAGUUUGAGGAAGACCAGAGCCGUAAUGUCUGAGAUUAUCAAGGACAGCAAGCCACACCUGAAGACCAACACUAUAGAUGAAGGCCAAAGACUCGUUUUUACACAAUUUUACAAGCACGUUAGAGAGACAGGUGAACCAGAAUCUCGUGAGCAGUUAGUCCAAGUUGCCCGUUUGUUUACAGAUGAUACCGUCCUGGAUAACCUCCCCCGCCCUCAGUUGGUGGCUCUCGCAAAGUAUAUUAACUUGCAGCCAUUUGGAACGGAUGUUAUGUUGCGUUACCGUAUCCGUUACAAGAUGUUGGAAUUGAAGAAAGACGAUUUUGCCAUUUAUUACGAAGGCGUUGACUCUUUAGAUCCAAACGAGCUGCGUCUUGCAUGUGCAAGCAGAGGUAUCAGAAAUGUCAAUGUUAAUGACUCCGUUUUGCGUGAAAACCUCAACAACUGGCUAAAUCUAAGAUUGAAAGACAAAAUUCCAUCCAGUCUUUUGAUCAUGACCACUGCCUACACCUAUGGUGACAUCAGUUCAACUAAGUCCCUUUACGACGCAUUGUGCGACGUGUUGAGUGGUAUUCCAGACGAACUAUACCAUGAAGUCAAGGUUAACGUUGUAGAAGAAGCCAACGCUACCCACAAGUCCAAGAUGGCCCAGCUAAAGGAGCAGGAGGAAAUUAUGAAGGAGGAAGAACAGCAAGAGAAAGAUGCUGUUGUCAAGGUCAAGGAUGAGUUAAGCUUGGACGAACUAGAUGAAAAGGCUGCCCAAGUCACCAAAGUUGCUGAGAAGACCAAAUAG